AUGGCCUGGUAUUUCUUGAUGGUUGGUGGAAAUUGUCACAGCAGGACGGUACUGAAAGACUCGUACAAUCAUUACGGCGUGCGUCGAUGGGUCAUCACGGGGAAGUUUGAGGGCGACCAGACCAGUCAUAAAGAAGCUGCUGUUGGCUCUAGCUCAAGCGUUUGUUUGUCGGGCGGCCUCCGCUUACUAGCAUCCGCUGCUGGCAUUAGGAGGGGAUUUGUUGAAGAUGACUCGGCCUUCGAUUCCGACCUCGUCGGUACAGAAUUCGCUGAAUUCAAUUCUCGACAGCGGGUCGACGACGUCAGAGAGGUCGAGUACGUCGGAGUUCUCAAGGCUAGGGUGGACCAUUUCACACAGGCUCGAGCUUCCGCCACAUCUGUGUGUCUGUCAGCGUCUGUAACCGGUCGUCAAUGA